CUCCCCCACCCCAGAUGAUGUAACACCCAUUCACACCUAAAACUUGCCCAUUCAGAGAGCUUGCUUAUACUGUAUUAAUUUUUAAAUUGGUUGUUUUAGAUAGACAAAAAAAAGUCAUAAUACAUUACUUGAAUUCAGUUGCUUUUAACACUUGCAUCCUUUCUUAUUCUCUUACUCUCUUGUGUACGCUUAUACCUUCAGAGCAGGCUUGAUUAUACAGGAUUUUUCAGAAACAUUUUGGGUACUGCCCAUUUCUACACUAUUAGCCUGCUCUAACCUCUUAGUAUCAGUGACCCAAGAGAAACAAAGGCUGUGGUGAAGAAAAAAAGCGAAGAGUCAAAUUUGGCCAUCCAACUACUCAGGUAAACGAUUGAAGCCAAAAAUAUAUACUGUAUGCAGUAUAUCGAUAAUGAAAAUUGCGGAGAAAUGGAUACGUUUCUUUUGCCCCGUCAUGACCGCUAUAAUGCAGGAAGCAAGAAAAUUUGUAUUACAAGUACAAAACAGGUGGCAGAAUGAUGUAUAUUUAACAGUAGGUGAUGAACUAGCAGAAUUGUAAUAUAAUUACAUAAUAAAGUAUUUCAAGGAUAUGUUUUUCCUCAGAUGACCAACAUAUUGUUUUUCAUUCUGUAACUGGAAACAGACUUUAUUUUUCCUUUGUUGGUUUAGCUGUUGUGUAGUUGCACAACACCGCUUUCAUGCAUCAAGAUAUAAGAAUGUGUGAAAAGGAUUGCCUCUGUAAUUGUACACAAAAGUUAUAAUGCAACGUGAAAAGAGAGAACUAUAUACAUGGGAGGAAAUAAUAAAAGUCAGUAUUAUGGUAAACUAGAAAUCUUUCCUGGACAACAGAAUGUGAGUAAUCUUGUUGUUUUAUCCUGUGAUGGAGCCGUGUUGGUAAUGACAUUGAAGAGGAUCAUCAGUGAGAGAAGGGGAAACCUCCUUUACUGGCUUAUCCUUCCUGUACAAUGCUUCCCUUGCCCAUCACGAUCUUCAGGUGGAGCCAUUGGUACUGGCCAAGUACAUUUGCUUGAAUUGUGGACGUGGAGAUGCAGAAGACCAGAUGCUACUCUGUGAUGGUUGUGAUGACUCCUACCACAUCUUCUGCUUGGUGCCUCCUCUUCUAGAUAUACCAAAAGGUGACUGGCGAUGUCCAAAGUGUGUUGCAGUUGAAGUGAGCAAACCAGUGGAGGCCUUUGGCUUUGAACAGGCUCAAAAAGAAUACACUUUACAGUCCUUUGGGGAAAUGGCAGACAAGUUCAAACAAGAUUAUUUUAAUAUGCCAGUCCACUUAAUACCAACAGAGAUGGCAGAGCGAGAAUUUUGGCGUAUCGUUUCUUCCAUUGACGAGGAUGUGACCGUAGAAUAUGGUGCAGACCUUCACACAAUGGACCAUGGAUCAGGUUUCCCUACCAAAAGUUCAAAGAAUUUGCUCCCAGCUGACCAGGAAUAUGCAGUCAGUGGAUGGAACCUAAAUAAUUUGCCAGUCUUGGAGGGGUCUGUCCUGGGGCACAUAAACUGUGAUAUAUCAGGCAUGAAAGUCCCUUGGAUGUACGUUGGUAUGUGUUUCUCUACUUUCUGCUGGCAUAAUGAAGAUCACUGGAGUUAUUCCAUCAAUUAUUUGCAUUGGGGAGAGCCCAAAACUUGGUACGGGGUGCCAGGAGGUCAAGCGGAACUCUUUGAAUCUGCCAUGAAGAAUGCUGCUCCGGAGUUGUUCCAAGCUCAACCUGACCUACUUCAUCAGCUAGUCACUAUUAUGAAUCCAAACAUUUUAAUGAAAUCAGGGGUGCCAAUUGUUAGAACAGAUCAACAUGCUGGAGAGUUUGUGAUUACCUUCCCAAGAUCCUACCAUGCUGGGUUUAACCAAGGCUAUAAUUUUGCUGAGGCUGUCAACUUUGCUCCACCUGACUGGCUGGCUAUUGGACGGGAAUGUGUACUUCACUACAGCAAUUUGAAACGUUACUGUGUCUUCUCCCAUAAUGAGUUGGUUUGCAAAAUGGCUUCCACCCCGGAUGAAUUAGAUCUAACAGUUGCAGCGGCCACGUAUCAAGACAUGCUACGCAUGGUCGACCUGGAAAAGAAACUCCGCAGAUCACUUCUUCAUUGGGGAGUAACUAGUGCAGAGAGAGAGGCAUUUGAGCUCUUACCAGAUGAUGAAAGACAAUGUGACUUUUGCAAGACGACAUGUUUCUUAUCAGCUGUGACCUGCUCAUGUGUACAAGAUCGCUUAGUAUGUUUAAGGCAUUACAAGAUGUUGUGUGAGUGUCCCCCAGAGAACCACACACUCAGGUAUCGGUACACCUUAGAUGAACUUCCUCCCUUAUUACACCGCUUAAAGGUGCGGGCAGAGUCAUUUGACCAUUGGGCAGUCAAAGUCAAAGAAGCUUUAGAGGCCAAACCUGAUGAUAAGCUAGAACUUGGUGAGUUGCGAGAAUUAGUUGAAGAAGCAGAAGCCCAGAGAUUCCCAGAAAGUGAAUUAUUGCAAACUUUAAUUCAAGCUGUAACAGAAGCAGAGAAAUGUGCCACAGUUGCUGCCCAUCUUGCUACAAAGAAAGUUCGCACCAGGACACGGGGAAGUGGCGAAGCCAAAAGUCGUUUAACCCUCGAAGAACUGAAGUUGUUCCAUGAGCAGAUAGAAUCCUUAGCGUGUGUUGUCCGAGAAGGUGAAGCAGUCAAGGAACUGUUGACACGAGUUACCACCUUCCAAGAGGAGGCCGUUGAGUUGCUGAAUCAAGAGAUACCAGAUUCUGAGGUCAUUGCCAAAAUGGUAGACACAGGAUGUUCUUUAGAUAUUGAUCUACCAGAGUUGCCCAGACUGAAGCAUAAACUCCAACAGGUCGAGUGGUUAGAGGAAGUGGAAGAGACCCUCGAGGACAGUUCGUCUGUGACGGUGGAGUGUGUACGCAAACUCCUUGAUUCAGGGAUCUCCUUGCCUCCUCACCCACGGAUUGAGAAGGCCAUGGCUCAGUUGCAGCAGUUGCUCACAAACAUGGAAACUUGGGAAGAGAAAGCUAGUCAAGCUCUGAAUGCCAAACCAGGUAUCAGUGUUAGUAAGGGUGAAGAGUUGGUGAAACAAGCCGAGGAAGUGCCUGCCCAUCUCCCCAGUGUUGCUGCUCUGAAAGAUGCUGUAAAACGAGCACGGGAGUGGACAAACAAGGUGACCAUGUUGCAGAAGGGCGAAACAGCCCCACUUCUUGAGACUAUAGAAGGAUUAGUUUCUCGAGGCCGUCCGGUAUCCUUGCACCUGGAACUGUUGGCCGAGCUAGAGGAGAAUGUUGCUUCUGCACAUGCGUGGUUGGAGAAGACAGCUCGUACAUUCCUCAAGAAAAAUUCCCAUCUCACCCUACUCGAGGUAUUGGUACCAAGAACAGACAUUGGGGUAGUGUCUGGCAAGCGGAAACGGGUCAAGCGAGAAGAGAUGUCUGCACAACAACAGCAGGCUCAGCUCUUAGAUAUAACCCUCGAGGACGCAGCAAACCCAGCAACAGUUGUCAAGGCUUUUAAGGAAUGUGAAGAACGAGAGCUAGGAGCCAUGAGAGCGCUGAGGGCUCAUAAUCGCAAUAAGCGUGAUGGUGAAUCCCCACAAGAAGGAGCCACCUUCUGUUUGUGCCAUAAGCCCCCACAACCAAAUAUGCUCACUUGUUCCUUAUGCCUGGACCUGUUUCACAGUGGAUGUGUUCCUUCUUCACAUCGGAGUAAAGUAAAACUCAGCAAUGAAGGUCGAUUUUUGUGUCCCUCUUGUGAACGUUCUCGGCGACCACGGCUUGAGACGAUUCUUGCUCUCCUUGUUUCUCUCCAAAAGUUGCCAGUCAGAUUGCCUGAAGCUGAAGCCCUACAGUGCCUGACAGAGCGGGGUAUGUCAUGGCAAGACAGAGCUCGACAGCUGAUGAAAACAGAUGAGCUGACUGCUGCUUUGGGGAAGUUAUCAGUAUUUUCACAAAAGCUUAUUGAAGCUCAGGCCAAACAGCAUAAACCAUUUUCACCACAAGUACAGGAUGAGAAAAUGGAAGCUGAUGAAUCUACAAAUGAUGAUUCAUUGCUGAGUGAAGAUGGAGAGAAGGAAAAAGAAAGUAAGGGAGACAGUGAAUCCAAAAUGGAUAUAGAUGGGAACAAAAAAUCUGAGGAGGGGAGCUGGGAGCAUGCUUAUUCUAGUAACAAACAAAACAGGGAAAAGAAAUCUGAAGUCGAUAAAGCACGAUGGAAUCGUCUUGUGGCUACCGUAAUGGAAAACCACGAUGACCCUCUGAUUUCUCUUACCACAAACACACGGUCACAAGUACAAGACCUUUUAGUUGAGGGAGAACUUUUAGAAGUUAGUUUGGAUGAAACAACACAUUUGUGGAGAGUUUUGCAGGCUGCUAACCACCCUCCUGCCAUGUUGGAAGAUACUCUUUUAUCCCUAAACUCUUCCAGCAACAGCAGUGAGGAAAACAAAGCUAAGAAGUCAGCUGCUAAAAAGCGCAAGUCUCAAGGGGAGGGGCAAGAGGAUGCCCAGCCAAAGUCUCCCCAUAAGUCUCCCAUCAAGAAGACUAAAAUUACAAAGGUUUGUCCUCCCACUAUUGAGGGUAAGACUACUAAAGGAGUGGUAAAAAAGAAACUUAAUAUUACAAAGACUGGAGAAAAGAAAAAGAAAGAGGGAGGCCCAACAAACAAAGAUGGUCCCAGGAAGAAAAACAUGGGUGUUGGAAAAAAAAGAAAGAUGCACUCUACCUCAUCAAACAAUUUACAUAGUGAUGAUGAUGAUGAUGAUAUUGAUGAGGCAUGUGCUGCAAGCAAGUGCCAGCAUCCAGGAGGACAGAAUGUCGAUUGGGUACAGUGCGAUGGGUGCGAGGGCUGGUUCCACUACAUUUGUGUUGGGCUGAAGGCAGGCGACGUUCAUGAAGAUGAGGAUUAUAUGUGCUUGAAGUGCACCACCAAACAACCUGCUUCCAAGCCAGGAGAGUUGACGGAAGAGGAGAGUGUGGACAUCCUCCUCAGCCUAGCUACAAGCCUGCCGCCUAAGGAGUCACUUUCACAGAAGUAACAUGUGCUACUCAUUGACAAAGAAAGUAAAUACUAAUAUACUCUUAACCUCAGACAUCAAAAGUGCUGGCAUGAGCUUAUUAGUCCAUGAAAAUUUAAGUUGUUGAUGUGACUGAAUUGCAAUGAAAAAAUAAAGAAAAUAACAACUUAGACUAGGAUUAAUUAGCUUUAAAUUAAGCUAAAUGUCCUAGUCAUGGUUAAGAGGGAUAGAAAUGACUAGUUUUGUCAUUGAAAUAGAGGUGGAAUUCAUUUUGAAUUUGAGGAAUAAGUUGAUGACUAAUGUUGAAGUGUGUUGAAAACUAAAUAUCUGCUGUGUAAUAAAGCAGAUGAUUUUUUUCUUAACCAGACAACCUGGGCUUAUAUAAGUAUUAUGACAAUACCUUUUGGGGUGUUUUGAUGAGGUAUUUUAUUCCAAACCAAUGAAUAUUACUUGUUUUAGCUGUUAAGUGGACCUAGGUGAAACUUCAAAUUUGUAAACUGGGCAAAAGCUGCCAGGUACUUUAUGAUUUAUUAUUUAUUUGAAACUGAAGAUUCAUCUUGAUAUUUGUUAAACGUAGGCCAGGUCAAACGUUUAAAUAGGUAGAUCUGACACCAUCACCUUCAAAUAUGGGCAAGAGUUAGUAGUAGAAAAAGUGCCCUUCAAUACAAGUACUGUAGGUCCUUUGCAGAACCAUAGUUCUCUUGUACAGCCAGUCUUUUUUUUUCUUUCUUUCUUUCUUUCAUUUUGUAAGCACUCCAUUGGGUGGGUUCACCUUUAUGAGUAUUAGACAUUUUAAAAGGGUAACAUAGCUUUGGUUCCUGUAAGAAUAUUUUCUUGCAAAUAGUUUGUACAAAACCUUCUCUUAUUGAAAUGGAUUAUGCUGUAGAUUAUAUGCUAUAUCCUAUCCUUUUAAAAUGUGCAAUUGCAAUAUUUCCUUCUUUUUUCACAUUAGUCAUACCUCACUAAAUCUUUUGCCUCAAACGUACAAAUUCUUGUCCAUCAUGUCAAGUUCACCAACUUCAUCGUAAAUCAUCAUAUUUUAUUUAAGAUGUUAAAGUUAUAAAAACCUAGCAUUAUCCAGAGAUACUUAAGUAUUUUGCAAGUUUCUUCAUUCAUCAGUACAUUUAAUGGCUCCACUAGUCAUUCACUUGAAUGGGAAAAUGUUUUGAAUAGUUGACAAGCCAAAUGAAAUGUCCAUAGAGCCUAAUAUUGUGUGGGAAGGUCUGUGGUGUACUUGGUAUGAUUAUACUAUAGAUUUUGAUUGUGCAAAUCAUGUGAUAUGAAGAAACAAGCAAUUUUGAUAACUAGAGUUUACCAUGGUAGGCUUAUAAGAUUAAAGUAAUAUAGAUGAA